CUAAUUUUGCUAUGUGAAACUUUUUCAUAUGUGAUCGUAUUAAAAAUUAUACGAGAUUAAUGAUCGAGAAGUGAAAAAUAUUAUAACACUAAUUUAUCAAAUUUGAAUACAAUGAACUUUAAGUUUCUUCACCACCUAUCGCUCGUAACGAUAUAAUAUGCGACUUCAGCGACAAGUAUGGACAAAAUAUGAACUACAAGCGCAAUAGGGAAACACUAUUUCCUAUUAUAUCGUUGUAUAGGCUUGUAUGUCAUAAAUCUUUCACACAUAACCUAACGAUUGAGUGAGUGUGUGACAGAAAUUUUUGUAUGUAGUAAAUAGUAAAAAAUAGUAGUACAUAUAAUAAAAGCAAGAAAAGAUCAUAUGUCAGAUUAUAUUUUUUUAAAGAUAGAUUAAUUGAAAAAUGUUUGUUAAUUGUAUAAAUUUUAUACUUUUUAUUUCUAGUUAAACUUAUACAAAUAAGUGUAUUUAAGCAGCUAUUACCUUAAUAAUACUUACGAUAAAAUAUAUUACGAUAAUAUAAUAUAUAUAUAUAUAAUAAUAGCAGUAAUAUAAUGUAUAAUAAUUUUUCAGAAUGUAUCUCUGAAUUGAAAUUAUUUUAUAUUUAACAUAUGUUACGAGCUAUGUAAUGUUUAAGCGAAUGUAUUAUUGUUUAAAUAUUGGUUUAUUGUACUUCGUAUAUAUUAUGCAUUAUAAAUUAAUAAUUAUAAAAUCAACAAAAGUAUUGUCUAAUCUUAGACGCUUAGAAUGAGAGAGAGAGAGCUUCGAUGUUUCCUCGUCAGAAUACGAAAGAAGAAUGGAUCGAUAAAGGUCAAAGUCAGUUAAACGUUAGUUUGUUUUUGUUGAUAUUAAAUGUAGUCAACAAUCCGGAAAUCAAAAUUUAAUUCUAUUGAAAUAUUAAAUUGAAAUUAUUUUAUAUUUAACACAUGUUACGAACUAUGUAAUAUUUAAAUGAGUGUACAUUAUUAUUUAAAUAUUAAUUUAUUGUACUCUGUGUAGGUUAUACAAAGUUUAAAUAAUUAUAAUUUUGAAAUAAUUUUAUAUGCUAUUCUAUGAUUUUAUAUAUUGUUAACAUGAACGACUGAAUAGUUUUUAUCAUAGAAUCAUUAGGCAAUAACUCAUUAAAAUGCCUGAAUAGGUUAUUGUGACUUUUCCGUGUGAGCAUGGCGAAACGCGUUUCUUUAUAUUUGCAAUGAAUCAGAAAAUUUGAAGCUGAUAAAGAAGCAAUUGUCCACUUCACGGAAACAAACCACAUAUCAUUCUAACGUUUAUAUAAAAAUCAGUAAUGUGGAUAAGAACUUCUUCUAUUUUGCCGCAAAAUUCAAAAAGCGCCACUAUACGAAAUUUAUUUUAUGAAAAAUGUCGAAAACAACGUUUACAUUAACAGCGAGUACAGGUGUAAUUUCUAAAUGAUUUUAAUGAACAAGAUCUCAUUUUAAAGAUAAAGGUUUAAGUGAGGAUAUGGCUUUCUCGAAUUUUUUAAAAAAUUUUAUUUUUUGGAUAAACUAUUGUAGGAAAAAUAUUAUUUUUGAUACGAUUUUUUUCAAAGAAAAUAAAACUUUUCCAAAAGUUCUGAAAAGUUGUGUUCUUUCUGAAACAUUUACUUUUAAAAUGAGACUUUUUCAUUAAAAUCAUUUAAGAAUUACACUUGUACUCAUUGUUCGCGUAAAAUGUUAUAAAACAAGAUGUGAUGAAUAGCCUUAACACCGCGCAAGUGAAAGUGUUAACAUGGAAACUAUAAUGCGAUUGGAUAUCUAAUUACCCGCGAUGAUCACGUGAUUUUAAAUGUAUUUGUUGUAUAUAUUGUGUGUCGUGUAUAUAUUUCAUUAUUAUAAGAAUAUGUUUUGAACAUAUUAUAUCGACUUCAUCGUUUUUUCUCACAAAAUGAAGUAUCUAUUUCACGUUCGUCAAAAAUAUAUUUUUUAUAUAAAAAUUGUUUUUACAUCUAAAUUAUUAAAUGCAUUAAUAUUGUUAGUACAUUACUAUCGGCGUUUUUUGAAUUAUUAGAGGGCGAUACUAUCGUUUGAUAGUCAGGACCGUCGCUGCUUUAAUAUGAUACAAUGUAUUUCAAUGUAUUGCUUUACUUUUGAAUUUACGAUUUAUUGAAUCUUGUCAUUAAUUUAAUAAAAGGUACAUAUGUAUGUAUAUAGACAUUAGGAAAUUGUUUUUGAAAAAUAAAAAAUGAUAACGUAACGAAGGUGGAUGAAAGCUAACUUUACCGGAUCUCAAUUGGAUGAUAUUUAUAUGUUACAUUAGAAUCCCAUAAAAUGCUCCAAUCAGAAUCCCAUAAAAUCCUAUUUGACAAUUAUUUAUAUUUUAGCAUCAAUUUUCCAAGAUAUAAGUAUGUUCAUCUCGUGCGAUAUCUAUUCAAACUUUUUUAUUGAAAUAUUGUAAUAUAUUCUAUAAAAAUUAAUUUUUAUUUGCUACCCAAUAUAACGAUAAAAUUUUCUUAUUAAUACGUAAUGAUACUUUAUUUAAGAAGAUAAUAAUUAAAAUAUUUUUUACUAUAUUCAUGCGAUUUUUUAAUUGUUUUCUCAUGUAGAAGAAUCAGUAGUCAAAAUAAUUUUAUGUUGAUACGAUCCUGUCCAGGAUAGCAUAUUAUACUAUCGUUAUUAAAAACAUCAGUCGCAGUGUGCCCACCCACCAAGAUGGCUCCUUUACGGGGCAAUACUCGAAGUUUGACGUGAAGUUAUUUACACGCCUGGAAUUUAACACUGUCCAGAAAAGUGUUAGAUAUUUUUUGGUGCGGUGUGUAUGCAGGAAAAGAAGUCAAGAUAGUAGACGAACGGUAAAAAGCGGUGAAGGUUCUGUCGAAUUUUAAAAAAGUUUCAACGAGACGGCCGGUCGGCUCGUGAGAUCGCUCAACGAAGGAAUAUAUGUAUCUGUAUGACUUUCAUGCUAGUAUAGCACAUCAAUUUUAAGAUAUAUGUCAUCAAUCCUAUUACGUACCAUACUUUUUAAAAGAUAAUCUUCCUUGAAAUUGUACUGAAGUUGGAAUAUAUUGUAUUUCAUACAUAUAACUUUUGAAGUCUUGAGAUAUGUACAUUAUCAAGAAAUGAUUAUAUGGCAUUAUCACUGGCAAAUUUGGAAUAAGGACACUGUAUUGAUAAAGCACAAAUGAAAUUUUGGCAAAUGUUAGUUAAACAUACAUGCUUAUACAAAUUUUUGGAUACUGCAUCUGAAAUUGCAUUAUUGUGAUGACAUAUAAGUUCCAAGUGCGAAAAAACAAAUUAAAGUAAUAGAAUUAAUGAAAAUGUUACCUAAGGGAAGUUCUUCUGAUUUUCAUGCAUGUUUGUAGAUCUAAUAUUAUGAUCAAAAAUAUGCGAACAAAUUCCUAAUAAAUAUAAGCAAUUAUAAUACCAUUUACUUUUAAACAUAUAUAAAUAUGUCUUGAAUAACAUUACUUGAGAAAAACCAAUUUAUUUUCAAAUUUAAAAAUUGCACAAGUGUUAUAACUGUACAUUAUUCCAAAAAUGGCAAGGAAAAGCGAUAAUGUCAAGGCUAUAAAUAUUGCGAUUGUUGGACUUUCUGGUACUGAGAAAGAUAAAGGACAAGUUGGAGUUGGCAAGUCAUGCUUAUGUAAUCGUUUUAUGCGUUCUCUCAGCGAUGAUUAUAAUGUGGACCAUAUUUCAGUAUUAUCACAGUCGGAUUUUAGUGGCAGAGUCGUGAAUAAUGAUCACUUUUUAUAUUGGGGCGAAGUAACAAAGACUGCUGAAGAUGGUGCAGAAUAUCAAUUUCAAGUGAUAGAGCAUACAGAGUUUAUAGAUGAUGCAUCCUUUCAACCUUUUAAGGGUGGUAAGAUGGAACCUUACGCAAAGAGAUGUGCAGCAACUAAAAUUACUAGUGCUGAAAAACUUAUGUACAUCUGCAAAAAUCAAUUGGGUAUCGAAAAAGAAUAUGAACAAAAAGUUUUACCAGAUGGUAAACUAAAUAUUGAUGGUUUCUUGUGUGUAUUCGAUGUAAGUGUUGUGCCUAACAGAUUAAUCGAGAAACAAGUUGAAAUAGUAGCUAACAUACUAAAUAAUUUAAUGAAAACAAAAAAGCCUAUAGUUCUGAUCACAACUAAAAAUGAUGAUGCAAAUGAACAAUAUGUCAAAGAAGCAGAAAAGUUAGUGAUGCGCAAAGAAUAUAAGGGAUCUAUACUAAUAGUGGAAACUUCUGCGCAUGAAAAUAUUAAUAUUGACCUGGCCUUUAUGAUCGUAGCACAGUUAAUUGAUAAGACUAAAACGCGCAGUAAAGUGAUUCCUUACGCGGAGGCAGCUAGGGCUAGAAAAGAGUUAUUAGAUACAUCCACUGAAUCUUUGCAAAGAUUAAUUCGCAUACAUGUUACUGAUUUUCGUGCACUAUGGUCACAAGCAUCUAAAAAACUUGCACAACAUAAAGAAUUCUCAACUUUCAUAGAAUUAUUUGGAGUUGAUGCAACACAAAGAUUAUUUAGAAGACAUAUUAAAAAACUAAAAGAUGAGCAGGUAGCAAAAAAAAUACAAGGAUACUUGGAUGUAUUACCAGAUGUUCUUCAUGAGAUAUGUCCUGAUAUAUCAAAUUUAAUGAAUGAGGAAUGGUCUGCAGUACAACAGUGUAUAAAAGAACAUCCUGACUUUCAUCAAUAUUUUUAUGAGUGUCCCGAGGAUAUACCUUGGAUUGAUUAUGAUUUUGGAGAAAAUAAUAGCUCUAAAAUUCCUUAUGACGUUUUAGAAACAUCAGAGGCUGAAACUGUUUUUAAAAAUCAUGUAAAUGCUUUACAACAAGAACAACGUCGAUUAGAACUUCCAAAAAGAUGGAAGAAACAGUUUAAGCAGUUAUUAGAAGAAACUGGUUAUGUUACACCUGGAAAACAAUUAUCUGAGGUUAGAGUACUAUUUAUGGGUAGAGAAUGUUUUGAAGCUCUUUCUCAUCAUGAUUGUCAGGAAAUAUAUGAUCAACAUCAAAAAGAAAUAAUUGAAAAAGCAAAACAUAAUUUUCAAGAGUUAUUGUUAGAACAUGCUGAUUUAUUUUAUCACUUCAAAAGCAUAGCUCCUUCUGGAACCAUUACACAGGAUGAUAUAAAAGAAAUUACGGACGCUUUACUAGAUGAUUUUAGGUACAAAGCUUUAGACAGAUUGGAUCAAGAUAGAAAGUUGAUGUUGUUCCAACACUUAGGAUUUGUUCACUGUCCUAUAAGAGAACAUUGUCCAGCAUACCCAAAUUGCAUGGAUGCUCUUAUAGAAAGGAUACUUGGUACAAAAGCCCACAGACCUUCAUCUUGGAAUCAUAGUAGUCAGUGGCAAUUAACAUCAGAUAACAAUCAACUGAAUCUAGUUAUACUUGGAUGUAACGGACUUGGUGAGGAAUUCGCUCGGGAAAUAAGAGCGCAAACAGAUGAUGAUGAAGUAGAAAUUGAUUGCCAAUUAUACACUUUGGGAUAUAGGAUUAUUGAUGGUGAUGUAGGAUUACCACACAAUUCUUUUACCACCUCAGAUUUCAUGCCACAUGGAUCAUUUUGUAUAUAUUCAAAUGAGGAUUCGUUCGAAUACAUUCGUUCGUCAUUAGAGAAAACAUUACUUUCAAAUUUAGAACAAGAAGAUAGGUUACCGUUUCAAGGAUUACCUAUUGUUAUUAUGUUUUUACCAGAAUCAAGUAUUGAUGAUAUGGAAGCAAUACGACUCAGGGAAGAAGGACAAAAUCUUGCCGAUAGUUUGCAGUGUCCUUUUAUCGAUGUUUGCAUAGAUGAUUUAGAACAAGAUAAAAGAUUCCCAACGCCUUUGGUGAAAGAUGCUCUACAGCAACUUAUACAAUCUAUAAAUCAUCGAGCUGGAUUUUUGAAUAUUUACCAAAGUGUUAUAGAGUGUUUAGAACCAGACAUUAGAAUAAUAAUGUGUAUGUUCUGUGGAGAUCCUUAUUCAGUGGAAAAUGUUCUUGGACCUUUACUCAGUCAUCAGUGUUGUUUUCUCAGUGGAGAUAGAUCUAUUGUAUUGGAGACAUUUUUGGGGGAAUCCAAACGCAGAGUUGAAGUUAUUAUUUCCAGUUUUCACGGAGCAAAUGCAUUUAGAGACGAACUUGUACAUGGUUUCAUAUUGGUUUAUUCAACAAAGAGAAAAGCAUCUCUUGCAACUCUUAAUGCAUUUUCUAUGAACAUACCCAAUUUACCAAUACAAAUUAUGGCUGUGACUGAUACUGGAGGUGCCAAUGCUUUCUUCAGUAAUGAUUUGAGUCAUUUGCUUAUCACAGAAGGAAAUGCAACCGCAGAUAGAUUACAAGCACAUUUCAUGACAUCUGCAUCAAGUUGUCAACAGAAAACUGCUUUUUAUACGCCCUUUUUUAAAGAGGUGUGGGAAAAAAAACCAGAAAUUGAGCAAGCAUUCAAUAUGGAGGAACCUGGUAAUUUAAAUGAUAGUGGUGAGGGUACAUUAGAAUACUCUGCUUUACAUCCAAUGCCACCACCACGACAUGAAAGCUAUCAUCUUCAAACGCCAGAUGAUGGUAUGUCUGUAACUUUCAGAAGUGGCUCAGAGUCUUAUGAACAAUUAACGCCGGAUGGUGAUCUUGGAGAUCCGGGAUUGACUGAACAAUUUGCUGAUAACAGAGCUAGUCCAAGUGAUGAUAGUGAUAUAUAUAGUCAAGUUGAUUUUUAUCGAGAAGAAAGGGAAAGAGAGAUGUUAAAAUCUGGAGACAUUACUAACAAAUUAUCCGGAUGGGUUAAAGAAACAUUUAUGCAUCAAGAUGGAGUAACAAAUAGCUAUCCUCAUAGAGCUUUUACAACAGGUAGACGUCAUAUUUCGCAAGCGAAACCACGGCCAAAAGGAAAUAGUCAAACGUUAAAGCAACCUGGAAAAAUUAAUUUAAAAGAUUUUUCCAAUGUAACAGACGCUAUAGCUAGAAUGACAAUAGGUGAAAAAGAUGAGCAUGGUCCUAAAGUAGGUCUGGGCCAUGCUCCUCUUGCUACACCUGAAUUGGUAGAUCUCGGAUCUGAAUAUGCACAGGUGAAAGACCUUGUUCCUAGUUUAUAUUCUGCUUACGACGGUGACUAUAUGUAUGCGUUAGUGCAAGAUUCUGUCGGAAACAACAAAUCUAAAUUACGACAUAGACGUGAAAAAGGACAACCAUCUUACAGUGAUUCUGAUUCAGAAUGGAGUUCUUUGGAAAGACAAAAGGUAGUGGAUACUUUAGGAAAAGUAAAUAAGAAACCGUUAACUCAUAAAAGGAUACGUAAGAAACGUAUUGGUAUACCAGUUGCAACUCCAAAAGUGCCAUCAUUGGCAAGUAUGGGAAGUGGAGAUGGUAUUGUAGGAAUGAAUUAUAAUCUCAAAGAUGAUAAAAAUUGGAGAAUCGAUCCUGCAGAAAGAGUAUCUAGUGAAACUCCAGAUAGUUCUGAAUCAAGUGAUCCAGAACAAAUGUCAAGGGCCAGAUCAAAGCAAUACAAGCAUGCAGCAGCAAGUUUACGCAAAAGAUUUGGUAAUUCAUUACAACAACAGCAUUUAGCAGCAACAUUGCAACAUCCUUUUAAUACUAAACAUAUGGCUCAAGAUAUGUUUAGUGCUUCUUACGAUGAAUCGAGCCUAGAUGUUUCAUCUCCGCGUGAAAUAAAUUCUCCUAGUUUUGGAAUACUCAAUAAAGGUAAAGAAGGUGACAAAUCAACACGGAAAAAAGAUAAACAGAAAGCAAAGGAAGAUGAAAAAUUAGAAAAACGUAGGCAGAAAGAAGAGAAACUUAAGAAACACGCAGAGAAAGAAAAAGAAAGGGAAAAGAAAAAGCAAGAGAAAAUAAAGCAAACAAAAGGACCUAGUGGAACACCAAUUUCAGGUCAAAUACAACAACCAGUGAUAGAAGACUUUGCACAAAGCGAAACUAAUCGGAUACCAUUAUUUUUGGAGAAAUGUGUACGGUUCAUUGAAGACGAAGGAUUAGAUUCAGAAGGGAUAUAUAGAGUUCCUGGAAAUCGAGCGCACGUUGAACUUCUUUUUCAGAAGUUCGAAGAAGAUGGUAAUGUGGAUAUACAUUCUUUGGACAUUCCUGUAAAUGCAGUCGCAACAGCUUUAAAAGAUUUCUUUUCUAAGAGGUUACCACCACUCAUUGAUAAAGAGCGCAUGAACGAACUCGAAGAUAUAUCGGGUGCACGUGGCAUCAGUAAACCAAUGUCAGCGACUUGCAUGAAUAUGGAAGAUCGUAGUUGCAGACUGCUAGCUUUACGUUUGAUGCUUAAUAAAUUAAAUCCAGUAAACUUUGAUGUACUGAAAUUCAUAUUUCAACAUUUUGUCAAAGUGGCAGAAAAUUGCAAGUUAAAUAGUAUGGACAGCAAAAAUUUGGCCAUCUGCUGGUGGCCCACAUUAUUACCAAUAGAAUUUAAUGAUCUUGGCAGAUUUGAAGCCAUGAGGCCAUAUUUAGAAGACGUUGUGCAAACAAUGAUUGAUCAAUAUCCUUUUCUUUUUUGUGGAGAAGAGGCUAUCGUAAUGGUGUAGUGCAAAAUGUUAUUGCAGGAAUUUUUGGUUGUGUAAACAAAACCGAAUCUAUUUAAAAAGUAAUAUUAUAGUUCUCCUCAGAACUUGUUGCUUCUAAAAGAGCCUGAUGCAUGCUAACAUGUUAUCAGUGACAAUUACGCAGAAUGAUUGGUCUCAUUAUAGUUUAUAAUAUUUGUUUUGACGUAGUACAUACAUAAUACGAUUAAUUUAAGUAUGCGACAUAAAAGACCGAAUUUAUUUAAAUCUUCAUUUAUAUUGUUUAAAACAUAUGACCGAGCGAAAUGAUCGAAUGAUGAUCCUAAGACGGCUGUUUAUACAUCGGUUAAUAAUGCAAGUAAUUAUGUCAAUCCAAGUGUCAUAACAGUAUGCAUGUAUCAUGUUGGAUGUAUCCAAAACGAUGUAUUUAUUACUACGUAUUAGAUAUAAGACUUGAUAUUUGAUAAUAUCAAAUAAUUGUAAUGUCAAAAUUGAUGUUGCUUUUUCAUGUAGUUUAAGUAUCAUAUUGAAUUAUUUUACUAAUUUCAUAGAAAAAAAAAAGAAACUGAUAUUCGUCGAAAGGGAAGUGGGGGACGCGUCUUUAUUAAGCAAAGUAAUUAUAUAAUCUUCAUGCGCAUUAUUUAUUUUGAUAUGAUUUUUUUUGCCAGUAAUAGUAUCAAAUGCAACAUUUUCAUGUAAUGUCAUUUCGAUUGCAUUCUAAAAAUAAUUUUACUUCGCUUUAUAAAAAUUAUUUUUCAAAUGGUAUUUCCAAUCGCAUAAAUUUUAUUUCAAGUAGCGUUCAAUAAGCUGUAUGGUGAUAUAAUCCAUAUAUCUAUUCCGUCUAAUUGAAAACGAAAUAUUACAUGAGAUUACGGAAUUUAUAAAUAAGCAGUAAUAAUGUCAUACGGAGAGCAUUAAAUUGUUAACAAUAUACUUAUACGAGGCAGACUUUGAAAAUUAAAAAAAAAAAAAAAAAAAAAAAAAAAUAGAAAAAAAGAAAAAAAAAGCAGAUAUACAGCGGUGUUCUUCAAUAGAUUUAAAGUUAUCUAGGUAACUAUUCGAUUUUUUUGAACAGAGGUGUAUAUAGAAAUAUACUAAUGUAAGAUAUUAAAUUACGAACAACCAAGGCGAACUAUAGAAAAAUACUUUUAAAAAGGAAGAUAGGUCGAAUAAUAGACUUAAUUUUGUUUAUUAAGAAAUAUGUUUUGUGCCAGCGUAGCUAAUGAAACGUAUCAAUCUCUUAAAUAUGUACUUACGUAUUUGACAAAGUGCUGGUCAUAUUAUUAAUGGAACACAGAGAGUAAUUAUUAAUUGAUCCGCUGAUUCUGACAAUUUUAUAAUAUUGUUGGAAUCAUUUUUCUUUUUGUUUUUAUGCCUUUUUUUUGUUGCUACAAAUGUGCCAUAAAUAAAUCCGUAUGUUAGGAUUUUAAUAAUCAUACCUUUUUGGCGAGCCAUAUUUCGAAGUUGCACGUCGUUUAAGUGUAUAUGAAAGCGAAUGAAAAGAAUGAAAUACCGUUAAAAUUAGGAUUUAAGCUCAUUGAAUGCCAACAUUAGCACAAUUUUUCUAAUUCGAAAUAUAUAAAAAAAAUUUGCAUAAAAAGCGUCGGAGAUGGUUAUUGUUCAUUUUGAAUUCGUAGACGUGAAUUUGUAGCACGGCCGCGAUAUUACAAGACACGUUAAACCUUUUUUGCAAGACGAAAUCGCGAACACGGCCGCUUGCUUCAAAUAUACGCCUGUCGAACGCAUCGUCGCAUUUAUAAAAGAACAUUGUUAAUGAUAAUUCUAUAAAUGUGUGUGCGUGUAUGUCUCGCAAGCACACCUAAUAAACAGCGAAUCGUACUUACAUUCCCAUUUAGUAGUAAUCAAAUUUUAUACAUUCGUAUGUACGUAAUUAUAUAACGUUGUGAUAGGAAGCAAGGUGUAGUUGGUACGCACGAGAUCAAAAAAGCAUGAUUAAAUAUCCAUAAAUGGUCACUGCAUAUCGCAAGUAAUAAGAUAAUAUUGAAAAGUAAUCAUUCAUCUUAGCGCUCAUUAAUAUUUUAAAAAGAUUUGGCGAAUACUCAUUUAUACUCAUCAAAAUCAGUUCUCGGUGCGUGUUCCGCCAUCAUCUUGUCUUCUGACUGAAGCAAACUCACUUUUUUACGAUAAUGUCCGUUUAGGAUUCUGCUUUAAUAAAUCUCUUGCAACUGGACGUUCAAUCACGACGCGUACAGACUGUGGGAUAUAAGCGUAGUCCCAUUAAAAUUAAAUGUUAAACUGUCGUUGCCUGUGAUAACAUGGAAACGAACGAAUAGAGAUCGUCUUUUUUAAUUUAUAGAGUGGACUGAUGAUGUGCGAAUGUAUUAUAAUUGUACAGUUGCGCCGAACGUCGAAACUUAAAUAAAAGAAGCGUUUGCGUCCACUUUUCCUCAUGGAUUUCGAUCUUUCGACGAUCUGUUUCUUCUUUUAUUUCUUCUUUCUUCUAAUCACGAACACAAAAUAAUAAUAAUAAUAAUAAUAAUAAUAAUAAUAAUAAUAAUAAUAAUAAUAAUUAUUAUUAUUAUUAUUAUUAUUAUAUUUCUGUACGAAUCGUUUUUUUUUUUAGUGCACGCAAAGCGGUUUUCUUACGGUAAGGAGAUGCGAUUUUUUUUUCAUCUCCGAUAUAUCGACGACUGCGCUUUGCGAUGCGUAUGUCGGCCUAAAGCAUAUACUUUAAUCGCUUUUUGCAAACGAUCUGAUUUAUUAUUCAAGUUAGAUUGCAAUUAGACGUAUGGAGUAUUUAUAAUGUGAACGAAACGAGUCUACGAUCACAACGAGCAUCAUGCAAAUCGUAGUUGCAUUCGAUCGCUAAUUUAGAUAUGUCGCACUGUUUCAAGUCUUGAACUUUCGAUGAGUAUGUUUUUCUUCUUUCCAGAAAAUUUGUGUAUUUAUAAAUGUCGUCGUUAUAAUAAAUUAUAACGAUUUUUGUAAAUAAUCCAUAUACAUAUUAUAUAAAUAUAAUAUUAUACAUAACGUGUAAAUGGACGCAACCCUGUCCUCGUUGUAUCAAUAGCUAUAUUAUUAUUGUAUAUGAACGAUGGGAAUCUCUGCUGAUUAAAAGUUUCCUACACUAUAUGUUCCGCUUUGUCUAUCUGUAUGGGAUCACUGAUACAUAGUUUCAGCAAUUCUUUGCCAAAUAGUUCCAUCCAAAAUAGAAAAAAAAACGCGGAACGAUAAUUUACUUAAUAAAUUAUUUUUUCCCAUGCAACUCCGUGUUGCGUCGUAUCGUCAAUUUAAUGUUCGCGAGUUCGAACGGGCGUCGAAACGAUGAUCAUUUUGCAUUUUGGGUUUUAUUGUCCGGAGAUAUAUAUCAUGUAUAAAAGGAAGACAGAAAAAGAAAAGAAAAAAAGAAAAAGAAAAAAGCGAACACGUAAAGUGAGGCGGAAAACACGUUGUUACAAUUCUCGGACUCAUUCAUGAAGACAUCUAAUCGAAAUCGGUAAGCGAUCGCAUGUAGAUCGUAUGUGGUUGAUACAUAAAAAAAAUUAAACGUAUUAUAUAUAGCAUUAGUAGGUAUAGGAUUUCUAAUUUGCGCGAAGUUAUGAAAUUUUAUACUGACGACGCUGCUGAAACUUCGAUAUGUCUUAAAUUUAAUAUUUAACGAAUAAUUGAGACGCAAUCACUUUUUAAAAUCGUACUAUAUAAGUUAACAAGAAACAAUAUGAACAAAGAAUGGAAAACUGUGUGAUUAGUGUGCUUGCGAAUGAGUUAUAUGAAGUAUAAUGUGGAUGUAGAUGUACGAAAAAAAAAAAAAAAAGAAAAUGGGUUACGUGGUCUUGGGUGUUAAUUGUCGAGUUUAUAUUAACGCAAAAGGUUAAUAUAAAUAUUUUAUCGUACUUUCUUUUAUUUCCACUGAUUACGAAUCUUUAUUUUAUGAAACGAUAAAACGUCGAAUUUUUCGAAUAACAUUUACAUAGAGAUAUUUGUUAAAAUUUACACCCCACACCGCUUUACCUCUUGACGAACACAUUUAUCGAUCUUUAUGAAACAUAUAAAAAAUAUACACCGAUGCUGGCAAAUAUUUCUAUACUUUAUAAUGAAACAACGAUCGCAAUCGUUUCGCAUACAGGCUGCGAAAAUAUCGAUCGAAGACUCGAAAAAAAAAAAUUUUACCAACAUGUGGAAUGCUAUUUCAAGAAGUUAUACGUGUAUGCAUAUUUAUAUACAUCCAACAUGCUAAAUACUAUAGACAGUCAACUUUUUUCUUUCCUUUUUAUUAUUUUCAUUUAUUUUUUAUUUAUUUAAUUAAUGCACCUAAUAUAAUCCAACGAUAUUGGAUCAUACAUCCUCUAAACGAGAAAAAAGGCGAAUUAAUUAAAAUCUUUAUUACGAUAUAAGAAACGAUAUUUCUCGAUUUUGUGCCACGAUGGUAUGCGAAGAUAUACAUAUAUCAAAUAUAUAUAAUAGAGGACGCGUUGCAACGAAGAUCGAUCGACAAAAGAUGCAGCGACCGGUUCAGUGAGCAGGAAUAAGCAGUCGUAUCCGUUUGAAUGGUCAAUUUACUCGAAGAUGCACAAAUUAUGAAAAGCUAUAUAGUCUUGUAAGAUGGCGAACGAACGAUGUAUUUGGAUGUGGCAUGUAAUUUAGUAAUCCACGAGUACUCGUAAUCGAUAAUUGUAAUGACGCUUUUUAAUGUGUAUAUAAUUGUUGCUUACGCUAUUAACGGUUGUCAUUCAUAAUCGACGGCUGACACGAAUUAUUGGCGUUAAUGACGCUAUUUACGAAAUGAAAUAGAGAGGGAAGAAAGAAGUCGAGGAAGGAAAGAAAAAGGAAGAAAAGAUCUAUGAGAAGAGAGUCUGAUUAAGAAGAAAGGAGGGGGAAAAAAAUCAAGAAGAAAACAAGUUCUUCGACGCGCUUUUAUCUACUGGUCGUUACAUAUUGACUUUAUGAAUGCAAAAAAAUUGGGAAGAUUGAAAAAAGAGAGUGAGGGCGGGACAGUGCGCUGCCGUUUUCGACGCUCGUACAUAUAACCAAUGUACAAAAUAAUUACGAUAUAAAGUGUCGAGCUUUACGAUAGAUUCGUGAUGUUUUCUAGAAUAGUAUAGGGACGAGGUGUAAUAUGUAUUGUUACAUUAUUCGCAAUUGUCGACGGACCAUCAUUUUCUUUUGAUACUACGAAUUGUAAGAUGAUUAAUCAAAUUUAAGAAGGACGGGAGGAGCUUCUGGGGAAGAGGGUAUUUCGUAUAGAUCAUUAUUAAUAAAGUUUACCGUCCCUUUUUAUUUCGAUAAUCGGCCUACAUUUCCUCUGCCGUACUGCCGUCAUCACGAUAUCGUCUUGCUCUUGCUCUUGCUCUCAUAGAUUGGAAUAGGCAAAAACGUUUUGACAUAAAUUUCAAGUUAAAUAAUAAUCGUGAGAAUCUUUCGUAGAGUUCGACGAGUAUUUAAUAUGUAUGAUCGACGCGUCGUGUCAUAUCCGUACACGAGGGGAGAAUGAAAGAAUCGAAUGCAUUUCGACGUUUGCGAAGAUAUAAGAAAAAAAUGAGAAAUAAGCUGAAAAUACCACAAAAAGUAUCGGUGUCCAAAAAGUAUUUAAAAAAAUAAAAAUCGUCUUUAUGUACAAUUUGAACAGUAAA